AUGGCGCAGGUGCCCUGGGAAGUCGUCUCACGGGGGCCCUUGGGGGCCCCUGAGGCCUUGAGGCAGCUUCGGGUCUGUUACCGCAGCGUUAGGGCUGCUGCUUCUGCUGCAGCAGCAGGCGGAGGUGCAGCAGCUGCUGCCUUGCUGCAGCACGAAGGCUUGGGCCACAUCAAAACGGCUCAUGCUGCACUGCGCAAGUUGCUGCAAGCAGAAGCAGCAGACACACAGGCAGCAGCAGCCAGCAGCUGCAACGCCUGCUUCGAGCAAGUUCGUGUCAGAGGGACUGCAAUCCUCGCUCCUUCUUUUUGGCAGGUCGCGCGUCUCGGGGUGUACAGACACCUCAUGGGUUUUCUCUUCAAGUUCGUCCCUGAGCUGGAUGGAGUGUGGCUGGCCUUUACUGAGACGCGACCGGCACCUGUCAGCAGCAGCAGCAGCAGCAGAAGCAGCAGCAGCAAUAGGGCUGCCCUUGGGUAUCUGCUUCCGGAUUUAGAUAGCAACGAUGGCACGGUGUUUGUCUCAGUAGAGACAACGGCUCUGGUUUUCAGGCCCAAAGUUGGAGACCUCAUCACUUGCGAGGCCCAGACGGUGCGGCCGGCUGUCUUACGGUUGCUGUGGCUCGGACACUUUACUGCGAUUAUUAGCAGAGAGCAUCUGGGAGACAGAUUUCGCUAUUUAGAAGAAUCGAAGGUGUACGUACACCGCAAGGACAAGACACGCCGAAUUGCAGAAAAGAUGUUUGUCCGCAUGCACGUCAUCGAGGUUCCACAAUCGCACAGCGGCGACCGUGUGGCAAUACGGGGCUCGCUGUUGGCUCGCGGCUCCGGGCCACUUGUUGUUGCAGAGACUACAGCACAAGCAGCAGCAGAGACAGAAACAGGGACAGCAACAGCAGGAGCAGCAACGAAUGGAGAUGAUGCUGCGGCGCCGCGCCCCAGCAAGCGGAAAGUGCAGCCAUCUGAAGCUGAGGCAGGUGAAGGGGCCCCUACCCUCAAAAGGCGCGAAAAGGCUGGUGGUGGUGGAGCUGCUGCAGCUGCUGCUGCAGCAACAGUGAAGUCCCCGCGAAAGGAGAAUGGCAAGAGAGGGGCAGAAGCAGCACAGCAGUAA